AUGGCAGCCCGGGCCCGAUCCGCUCGCCGGAGCCGCACCAUGUUCACGCAGCACCAACUGGCCGUGUUAAUGGACACCUUCCAACACACGCAGCACCCCAAGUGGGACAAGGUCCACGAGCUGGCCUCCACGCUGAGGCUGGACCAUACAGUGGUGAGGGCCUGGUUCAAGAACCAACUGUCCAAGUUGAAGAAACAGCGGGAAGCCGGGGAGACCCCUGGGUCCCCCGAAGCCAAGUCCGAGGAGGCCAGCAAAGGGGCGCAGGCCCCCGGGGCCCCUUCCCUCAGCCCCCAGCUGCCUCCCAGUAAUGGAGCCCAGCUAGGCCCACAGUGUCCCCCGCAGUGUGCAGUGGCCACCAGCUCUGGACUCAGUUUCCCAGAAAUGUCUGAGCCUCUGGAGGCCUUGGAGAUGUCCUUGACAGCGCCCCUUCCCUACAGCACAGAAGAGCUCGCCCAUAUCUACGGCGUGUGUGCGGACGAAGACCCCUCCAGUCUGGACGCGUACCUUUUCGGGAACCCUGCGCUAUUACCUAGCUGCCUUACACCUGACAUCCUGGCUACUCCGGAGGCUGAGAUCCGCAGGACCGAGACUGGAGGUCAGCCCGAGUAA